CGACAUCCCGAGAAACCACAGCCCCACCCACUUUCCCCUUCUUUCUUUCUUCUCGGCGGAGGCGGAGGCGACAGGAAGGCGAACGAGGAACCCUAGCCGCGCGAGGAAAAAGGAACGCUCGGAUCCGCAAGGCCGGCGACGAUGGCGGCGGUUCGAUGCGCGGCGAGGAGGCUCGGUGGCGCCCUGCUCCAGCGAGCGCAGGCGGAGGAGGGACGCCUGCUCGCCCCAAGCAGGCUCAUGCGCUCCCGCCACCUGUCCACCAAGGUCUCCGGCGAGCCAGGCAGCCUCAUGCGCUCCCGCCAGCUCAACAGCGAGCAGGCUUGCAACAUCCAGAAGGAAGAGGAAGACAUCUGGGCGGGGUUCAAGGAGACGUUAAAGAAGUUGGACCAGCUCCCCAAAAAAGAGAAACCAAGUGUCUUUCAGCAGCGCAUGAAAUCUAUCGACCGUGCGGUCAAGGCUGUGGUCUAUGGAUCUUUCAAGCUGACAAUUGUGGUUAUGGCAGCUGCUACUGCUUUCUCUGGCAAUGGAGUAAAAGCCUAGCCCAGGCCCUUACCAAGGAAAACCAGUGAAGACAAUAUGGAGAAAUGAGAACCAAAGAUGGCCGCCCAGCUUGUUUUAUGUUUAAUUAUCAUGACCCCUGCACUUUGGCUACCUAGCUCACUAUGCUAACGUCCGUUGUGAUAUCGUGUGACAUGGUAUCAUGUUAUUAUACCUCUAUCUAUCUAUGUGUACAUUAUGCAUGAAACUGUAUCUUGAAGUGAACAUGCUUGCAUAGCUUGUAAGGUCACUGACGUGCAUUGUUGGGGGCUUCAGUGUGUCCGGAUCAAAGCGAUUGCAAUCGACUUAGAAGUGUUCACUUUGAAA